ACACUGGAGCAGGUUGAGCAUCUUCACUCAGUUUACUGACUAGUAAUUGAAAUAAAUACAAGUCUUGAACUAUUUCCAUAAUAAAAUGAUGAAGACUACAUUUGCAGUUCUCCUUUUGGUUGGUUUGGCCACUUGUGUCAUGAGUAGUGUCCCUCUUGCUGAUGAGGCCACUGGUGAUUCUUUUAAUUUGGACUUUCUCUCUCGUCCAGUUGAAGGAGAGGCCUCUCCAAUGGAGGACACUCAGGAAACAGUAUUCAUUCAAUCUUGUGACACAGCCCAGUUUAUUGGUGGAUCAGCUAAAGCUCGUGCUGAUACUCUAAAAGUUCAUCAGGGGCUUUGCAAUAAAAUAAUUCAAACUUUUCAUAGGGUUGGCAACACCAAAUCUUAUGUGACAUGGUUUGGAGCCUUCUCAAUUUCCAAUCAAAACCAUGUUAAGAAUACCUACAUCAAAAUUCACAGCAAAUUAACAUUCUACCCUGUCACAUACAAUUUUAAUGCUGACAAGUCCAAGUGCAGCAACGGUGAACUCCUUGCCUAUACUUCUUACGGUAGCAAUACUAUAUUCCUCUGUGACGGUUUUGUCAGUGCUAAGAACCCCUGCACUAAGGACGCUACUAAGAGCAAGGAACAUGAGCUGAUUCGUACCUGGUCUAUUGCUGCAGCUGACACUAAGGGAUACUCUACUGGGCAGGAUCCUACUAAAGAUCUGGCUAAGAAGGAUCCUUCAAAAGCUGUUGAUAAUGCUGAAAGCUAUGCUUACUUCUACUGUCGCCCUUGAGCAGUGUCUGGAGUAACUUUGGACUCAGUAUAUAAUUAUUUAUAAUUAUUAUUGUAUAUAGUGCUUUAGGCCAUUUUUCAGUUUCAAUUUUAGGCCAUUUUUUUGUUGUUUUGCUUUAG